UUCAGCUCAGCUCCGUUUUCGUUUGUUUGUCAAGUUUGUUUUGGGAAAUAAAUUGUGAUUUUUAAUUAAUUAAGUAUUUCAUAAGUAAAAGUUUAACGGAAUACCCUCACUGAAUAACUCGAAUAUGGCUUUAGUGUUUGAUUGUGUAAAAAAGUGGAGUUUCUGUGAUGAGUGAUACCGACGACACCGAUGUUCUUCUGCUGAUACCACCGAAUUUCUUCCUCGUCAAUUCUUCCGGCUCCGAGGAUUCCUUCCUGGAGUCCUCGAGAACCGUUGUCCACAAACCGGUUUCGUGCACCGCUCAAGUUCUUGGCAAACUGGUUAACCAAGUCCAUUCACUGGAAUCCCGUUUAGAAACGUUAGAACUCGAUACCAGUGAGAUCUCGAGCGUAGGAUCACGUAAAAAGGUUUGGGAUACUGAAAGUUUCGAUAGUCGUAGCUUAGAUCGCAAGUGUUUCACUUUCCCGCGCAGACGUCGUCGUAAAAUUAGAAAGGUACGAAGUAAAGAUGUAUCUUUGACGAGCCUCGAUACUUGCGGAAAAGAUAUCUGCAGUUUAAAACUGAAUUUCAAACCUGAAAAAUUAGAAAAAUUAAAUGAUUCACUCAGUAUGGAUGGUGAUAUUAGCAGUAUCGUAUCAACGCCGAGUAAAAGGAAUGAUAAACUUCUUUUACACGAAAUAGACGAAUUCUUAACCAGAGUGGAAUCUUACGAAAGCCCUGAUUCGAAAAACAAGGAUGCAAACCAAAUAACUCCUGAUAAUAUUAUUAAAGCAACAGGUGAUUACAUAUCGCAGAAGUUAGAAGGGAGAAACAUAGAUGAAAUUCAGCUGCCAAGUGGAAGAAUAGUGUCAAGUAAUAUUUUAGAUAAGUAUAUUUAUUUAGUUAAAACAGCAAAUCAUUCGCCCCAAAGUACAUCUUCGGUAAGUAAUAUUAGGACUGAAAUUGAUCACACAAGUUAUGUCCAUACAAGAAGUGAAAAUGAUUCAAAUUGCAUGCCUCUUACGUCAACAAAACCCAAUACAAAAUCUCCAAGUAUAAGAAAACUAAACUUCUCUGACACCAAAGAUGUGCAGUCAACGUCAACACCCAAAAGAAAUAUGCAACCUUCAUACACGGAUACAUUCAAACCAUCAUCAAACAAAAUAUUAGACAGGGCAUCCAAAGUUCUAGAGCAUUACAAGUCUCAAAGUCGCAAUACUCAGAGUUCUAUGUCAGAUGCAAGUGAAUUGACUUCGAAGAGAGAUGAAUUCACUAAAAGAGAUGACUAUGUGAAGAAAGAUGAAUUUAUGAAACAAAAUGAAUAUAUAAAGAGAGAUGAAUAUAUGAAACAACAUGAAUAUGCAUUGAAGAAAGAUGAAUUUAUGAAAAGAGAUGAAUGUAUGAAGCAAAAUGAAUAUAUUAUGAAGAGAGAUGAAUUUAAAAUGCCUCAAAUGAGGCCUUUUGGCUUAGACAGGGAAGGCUAUAAGCUGGAAUCCAUAGACACAGAUUUGUUGAGCCUAAGCGAGCUAUGGGGGGAGAGGGGUGACAGGGGAGAGAAGGUAGAUAGUAUUAAAUUGGAGGAGGAGAGAUUGAAAAGAGAACACUGUGAAGCAAUGAUCCAACAACUACAAAAGAAGAUCCUGGAACAGCAAGAGAAGUUAGCAGUUGCCAUGAAAGUGGACAAAGCAAAAGACACAGCAAUCAACAAGCUGCGUGAAGCUUGGCUGCGUCUCACUGGCAGCUUGGACAGAGCUGAGGAAAGACACAGGGCAGCGUUAGACCGGAUGGUGCGAGAGGUUGAUAACUUUAAGAUGGUUGCUGGGGAAGCACAGAAGAAAACAAGCCAUUUUGAAACAGAACUUUACAAAGCAUUGGACCUGGCUCACGACUAUCAAGAGAAAUGCAAACUCCUGACAUCAGAGAAGAAGGACUUACAGGAACAGAUGGAGAAGACAGCGGAGAGCAAAGACGAGACAAUCAGACUGAAGGAGAAAGAGAUUGAGGUGUUAAAGGAAAACUGUGAAACUGUGAUGAGGCUGAACAAGCAGUCUACUGAUUGUGUUAAGAACUUAGAGGAUGCUUUGGAAAAGGAGAAAUCAGACCACGAAUCAACGAAAAGCAAAAUAAUGGAACUGACUGGCAAAGUGAAGACCUUGAGUGAGGAAAGGUGCGUGGAACAACAAGAGAGAGACAUCCUGAAGGCCAAGGUGAACGAAGAGAGGUCUCGCUGCAGUGUGCUGGAGAAGCAACUGUGCGACUCACAGAACCAACUCAGUGAGCUUUUGAAGAAAUGCGACACACUAGACAACGAAACCAAGAACCUCAGGAAGCACCUAGAGCUACAGAAAGCGGAACUAAAGAGUCACUACCAGCAACAACUAGAAGAUGCCGUGUUGGCGAAACUACAGGAGUUCCAGAGACAGCUGGACUUGGCUGAGAGAGACAUGGAGAUGGCUGCGCGGAAUAAGGAGUCAGCUGUUAUCGACAGCUUCAAUAAACAGAUCACUAGGAUUGAGGAGCAACACAAGCUGGAGGUGAACGUGCUAGAAGAGAAGCAGAAGGAAGAGAUCAAGUUGUACAGGUUGCAGCUGGCGCAGGCGCACGAGAAAAUCAGCUUGCUAGAGAAUAAGUUAGAAACAUACCGACGCCGCAGAGGACAGAUCGCGUCUCAACUACACUCAGUGAUGGAGUCACAGUGGAGACAGGCUCUGCUCAUACUGACGCACGGACACGCAGGCCUCUCGCACCGCACCGCGCCUCCCAGCCUGGAUAAUACUGCGCCUGAGUCUGUAGCGACCCCCCUGCCACCGGAAGCGACGUGCAGUAGAGCCGGCGCCACGUCUCUGCCGCCCGAAGUGUUCCGCUCGCGACACACAGACCUACAGUUCGACAAUCUGAGCGACCACGAGCUGCAGCAAUACGUUAAACUGCUCCUAACGAAACCGCCGAACUUCGAUGCGGACUCGUCGCCCGACGCUCGCGACAGCAAACAUCUCAACGAAGAACCAACCAGCGACCGUCCCGACAAGAUGGACCGACGGGACAAAGCCAAGCGCAGUCUCAACCCUGGGAAACCGCCUUGGAAAGCGUAAUAUUUGCAUACAAACCCACAAAAAUCUAAAUAAGUAUAGAAGUGUGUGAUUUAUGACUGAUCCCAUGAUUUAAUGACAUAUUAUAAUGUAAAGCCUGACCUGAAAAAUGAAAUUCCUCGCCGUGUUGCGGAACACCCAUGCAACUAAUUCAUACAAUACUUAGUGACCAUAGACCAUAUACUAGUGGCGCUCCCA